AUGGCCACGUCCUCCCUGUCCUGCCUCGCUCUAUGCAUCAUCGUAUCGUUGACCACCAUCCUGGCGCUGCCCCCUACUGAGCCGCCACUCAUCCACGACCACCCCUUUGUGGCCAUAUGGAACGCCCCCACCAAGCAGUGCCAGCAACUCCACAUCCCGCUGGACACCGGGGCCUUCCAGGCAGUGACCACGCCCUCAUUGGUGCCUGGUCAGUUCCUCACCAUCUUCUACGAGGACCGCCUCGGCCUUUACCCCAAAGCCAACGCCCUGAAACACAAGCGCUACAGAGGAGGAGUCCCCCAAAACGGCAACCUGACGGAGCACCUGGCCAAGGCACGGAGUCAGAUUGAUCACUACAUCUCCCAGGAUUCCUCUCCUGGGCUGGCUGUCAUCGAUUGGGAGUCCUGGCGCCCCCUGUGGGACCAGAACUGGGGGUCAAAGCGUAUUUAUAAGAAGUUGUCCAUCGCCUAUGCUCUGCAGAUGGCCCCGUUUUUGUCAUCAAAGAAAGUUUCCAAACUGGCUAAGAGCCAGUUCCAGCACGCUGGGCGUCGCUUCAUGGAGAAGACCAUCAGCCUUGGCAUCAGUGAGCGUCCGAGCCGCCGCUGGGGCUUCUACCUGUUCCCCGACUGCCACAACUACGGAUGGGACAAGUCCAACUACACUGGGAAGUGCUCCGCCAAGAUCCAGAAACAGAACGACCAGAUGAAGUGGCUGUGGGAGCGCAGCACUGCCCUCUUCCCGUCCGUCUACCUCCACCAGACCCUGAGGAACUCCCCCAAGGCUGCGCUGUAUGUCCGCAACCGAGUCCAGGAGGCACUGAGGGUGGCCGUGCUGCCCAAACGUCCUUACACGGUGCCCAUCUAUGUCUACUCCAGGCCUCUGUACCGGGACCAGACCCAGAAAUUCCAGAGCCAGAUGGACCUGGUGAGCACUGUAGGAGAGUCUGCAGCUCUGGGGGCUUCAGGAAUCGUAAUGUGGGGAGGAACCAAAGACUACAACAACAAGGCUGCCUGUCAGGCUCUAUCUGAGUACCUGGCGUCCACCUUCAACCCGUACACCGCCAACGUGACGGCGGCGGCCAUGCUCUGCAGCGACGUCCUGUGCCAGGGGAAGGGUCGCUGUGUCAGGAAGAACUACGACUCCGCCCACUACCUGCACCUGAACCCCGCCCACUUCAGCAUCCUGCGGGCCAACAGGAAGUACGUGGCGGUCGGCCUCCCCUCUGCUGAAGACCUCGACGCCUGGGCCCAAAACUUCACCUGUCAGUGCUACGCGGGGCGCAGCUGUGAGCCCAGACUGGUGCAUCCCACCAAAAUCAAACUCAUCUGGGUUUAAGCUGUUUCCAGAAUUCAGCCUCCUGCUGAUCUGCAUUUACACAAUUUGAUUACUAUAUGCUCUCAUCACCAUAACACCAGAAAUCUCAAAAAUAUCAUGUUGAAAAAUAUUUAACAUUUUGCAAUUAUUAAAUGUCAUGUUAGAAUUUCCCACAUCAGACACAAUCAUGAUUUAUUUUCAUUUAAAAACAAAAACAAAACACACCUUAAU